AUGUAUAGAGCUCUUUUCAAAAGCCCAAUCGCUUCAAAGAGAAUGUCUACUAGUUCAGCAGCUGCUGUUUCGGCAGCCACCCCGGUUUCCGCCAAGAAGCCAACCACUGUCCAACCUCAGUGGUAUCCUCAAGAGGCUUCUGAAUCACCAGUUUUAAAAGUUUACAAUUCUUUGACACGUACAAAGACUGAAUUUGUUCCAAUAGUACCUAACCAUAUUACUUGGUACUCAUGUGGUCCAACUGUUUACACCCACUCCCAUAUGGGUCAUGCUAGAAACUACGUGUCCACUGAUAUCAAUAGAAGACUUUUACAAGAUUACUUUGGUUACAAUGUCAAAUUCAUUCAAAAUGUUACUGAUAUUGAUGACAAGAUUAUUAUUGCUGCUCGUCACCAACAUUUGUAUGAACAAGAAGUAACUACCAAGUUCAAGUCAGUUGAUGCAGAAUUGCUCAAGUUAGCUGAAGAUGCUCUUGUAGAGUAUGUUAACAAGAACUUGCCACAAUUUACUGGUAAGGAUAUUAAACAAGAAUUUGGUAACUGGACAAAGACUGUUAAUGUUCAAGAACAAGCGGUUACCAUUCCAAAGUUCCCAAUGUAUGUUAAGGCAGCCAAUGAUGCCCAUUCUGCAAUCACCACCCCUAACAUCCCACUUGAAGAGUUCUUCACUAAGGUUCAAGAUGUUACCAUGCCAUUCUUAGAUAAAACCUUAGGAUCUGGAAUCAAUGACCCAUCUAUUUUCCGUAAGUUACCUAGUUUCUGGGAAAAUAACUUUAAUGAAGAUAUGGCCAAGUUGAAUGUUUUACCAUCAUCAAUCACCACUAGAGUUUCUGAAUAUAUUCCAGAUAUUAUUACUUAUGUGGAAAAAAUUAUUGCUAAUGGAUAUGCAUAUGCCACAAAUGAUGGAUCAGUAUACUUUGACACUGCCAAAUUUGAAAACUCUCUGAACCAUGACUAUGCCAAGUUACAACCAUGGAAUAAGGGUGACAUGUCUUUGAUUAAUGAUGGUGAAGGUUCCCUUACAACUGGACAAGAAACAAAGAAAAACGCUGCUGAUUUUGCAUUAUGGAAGACUUCCAAGCCUGGUGAACCAGAAUGGACUUCCCCAUGGGGCCAAGGUAGACCUGGUUGGCACAUUGAAUGUUCCGUAAUGGCAUCAGAUACUGCUGGUGAAUGUAUGGAUAUUCACUCUGGUGGUGUUGAUUUGUGUUUCCCUCACCAUGACAAUGAAUUGGCUCAAUCUGAAGCUUAUUAUGACAAUAAGCAAUGGGUCAACUAUUUCCUUCACAACGGUCAUUUGCAUAUUCAAGGUCAAAAGAUGUCUAAAUCAUUGAAGAAUUUUAUUACCAUUCAAGAAGCUUUGGACUCAUACUCUCCAAGACAAUUGAGACUUGUUUUUGCCAUGAAUGCUUGGGAAAAGACCAUUGAUUUCAAGGACAGUUUCAUUAAGGAAGUCAAGGCAUUGGAAUCUACAUUCUCCAAGUUUUUCACUACUGUUCGUGCCUUGAACAAUGAUAAUAAACAUUCAAUAAGCGAAGGUGAAUACAUUUCCAAGAGAUUGGGACCAGUUGAAAAGCAAUUAUACGAUGAUUUGGCUACCGCCCAAACUGACGUACAUGCUGCAUUCUGUGAUAACUUAUCCACGUAUCAAGCUUUAAGAAGUAUGCAAGAAUUGGUUUCUAAGAGUAACAACUACAUCCAAGCAACUAGUACUAGUAACCAGAAUGAAUUAAGAAUUGAACCAUUGUUGGAAGUAGUUAGAUGGAUUUCAAAGAUUUUGAACAUUCUUGGAUUUGAAGUUAGAUCUGAUAACCUUGGUUGGUCUGAUUCUUCAUCCUCUUCCUCAAAUCAAGGUGGUGCUUCGACUGAAGAUAUUGCCAUGCCAUAUGUUAAGGCUUUGUCUCAAUUCCGUGAUUCAGUUCGUAACUUGGCUAUUAAUAAGGAAGAUUACAGUAAGAUUUUAGCUGCAACUGAUUUGCUUAGAUCUGAUUUAAUUAAAUUGGGUAUUUCUUUAGAUGAUCGUCCAAAUAAUUUACCAGCAUUGGUAAAGUUCUUAAACCCUCAAGAACAAGAAGAAUUAAUAAACCAACAAGCAGAGAAAGAAAAACUUGCAUUGGAAAAGCAGAAAAAGAAGGAACAAGCUGCAUUGGCAAAUGCUCAAAAAGAAAAGGAAAGAUUAGAAAAGAUGAAAAUUAACCCUGUAGAUAUGUUUAAAGAUUCAUCUUUGUACUCCGAAUGGGACGAAGAAGGCCUUCCAUUGAAGGAUAUCAAGGGGGAAGAAGUUUCCAAGAGUAUGAGAAAGAAACUUACUAAACAACAACAGCAACAACAAAAGCAAUACCAAGAAUACUUAAAGCUGAUUGAAUGA